AUGACAAAGCGUGCUCAAGUAUGUGAUAGGUGUCGGGUUUUAAAAAAAGGAUGUUAUGGUUCUGAUGAUUGUUGUAUCAAUUGCAGCAUUGCUAAGAUUAGUUGCGAAACAACUGCUAGACUUAAACGAAAAAGAAAGCCGAACUCGUCAUUUCAGAGCAUACCUAAUUCUUCUGAGAUUGAAGACUAUAAGUGUCAAAUAGAAACUCUAAAAGACGAAAUUGAAAUCUUAAAACAGAAAAAUGUACGAAAAGACAGUGACGAUAACUUAAUUAUCCAGCAUCUUGGUAGAAUGCUACCUUCAACGAAGAAUACAAAUGGUGAAUCAAUAUUUGCAGGUUCCUCUACAGGGGUAUUUUUUAUUAGCCAAGUUCAACAGGAUGUUCAAAGGCUUAAACAAACGAUAAAUUCAAAUAUAAAUCCUAGUGAACUCUUUUCCGAAUCUUCCUAUUUAGCGUAUCGUUCAAGCAAUAUGGAUCCGCAGCAGACGACACAGAAUAAUAUUGACCAAACGAUAAUAGUCCUUAAUGAAAUAGACAUAAGCAGUCUCAUUAGAAACUUUUUUGAAAAAUGGCAUCCCAUGUAUCCCAUUUUUGAUGAGGGUUCUUGUCUUGCAUAUUCUUCAGAUUUUAAUAUCAUGGAACUAACAAAGAAAAUUAACUUUAUUAAAAGUAGCAAUGACCCAUUAAAACAAUUACCUACGCUUUAUUGUUUUCUAAUGAUAGUAUCUAUUCAAAUGGUAACUUUAGAUUACAAAUGCUCGGUUUCUUUAUUCCAAUAUUUACAGGAUAAUUUAUUAAUAAGAUUAAUGAAUUUCUCGUCUCUUGAGACUUUACAAUGUUAUUUGGUUACAAUGUUAUAUCUACAGAUUAUUGGCGAUCACGAAUUGUGUAUUCAAUUCAAUGGGAAGUCUGUCAGAUUAGCAUUUUUAUACGGAUUACAUCGUCAUUCUCAGAGGUUUAAAUUCAAUAAAGAGGUUUCAGAAGAAAGAAAAAAAAUAUGGUGGUGUACGUAUUGCUUUGAUAUACUAGUAAGCUGUAAUAAUGGGCUCCCGAGAUUAAUUAAUGAUGAAGAUGUCGACACAGACUUGCCCUUAAAUAUAAAUGGAUUUAAGCCAAGCGUAGAUAAAAAGGAAAAGGAGGCAGUAUUACCCUUGCCAGGAGAAGAGUCUAGUGUUUCAUUAUUUAUUUCGAUUAUCAAGCUAUGCCAGAUAUUAAGUUUAAUUAUGAAAAGUCUUUAUACAACUACGCAAAGACGAAAUGGUAAUAUUAAAAUUGAGCAGUUAAGAAAUCGCUUGAAUAAUUGGAAGUCAGACUAUGGGAGCGUUGAGUCUAUUAAUGACAGUGAAGUGCAUUAUUAUGGUAAAUAUUAUCUUCUGUUGCUUUAUUAUACGUGUAUGAUUCAUUUAUAUCGCCCUGGUUUAACAUAUCCUAAAUCUUCACCUUCAUUUGAAAGAUGUUUGGCGGAAAGUUUAAAGAUCAGUAAAAACUUUAUUGAAUUGUUUGCUAAUUAUAGUAGAAAAUUUUCUGAGAUUUAUUUUAUUUAUCCAUGUGGCUUUCAUUUACUAUUCCAGUCUGGGUUGUUAAUACUAUGGAACGAAAUUUUUGUUAUAGCAGAUAAAUCUACUACACAUGAGACAAAAAUAGAUGAUGUUCAAAAAUAUAUACAUCUUUGCUCAGAUUGUUUGUAUUCAUGUGAAAAUAAUGCUUUAUUUAAAUAUAGGUCAAGUAUCGCUAAGAACUGUGGGAACACAAUACAUGUGCUUAAUAAAUCUGUUUUGAGCUAUUAUCACACCUUAGACGAGCCACUGAUUGAGGAUAAUGACGGAGAAAAAUAUAAGAAUAUCAGUAAUUUUUUAAAUGAUUCAUGGAAUGAAAAUCUUGAAUUGAUUAACUUUUUUGAAUUAUCUCCAAGUUUUUUAAAUAAUUCAAUAAAUUACAACCUUGAUGAGAACAUUUAUUGA